AUGAGUGCUUCAAAGAGAGAGUUGAGUGAGCCAUCUAAUAAUUCAACUGAGCAGAAUGAAUCCAUAAAGGUGACCAACGAUAGUAACGACACUUCAAAAAAUGGCAUGCAAAGUACUAAUGACUCUGCUCAUCGAAAACGCUUUAAGCCAGGUGUAGAACGGGAAGAUUUGGAAAAUCUUACUCUUUCGAAAACGAGUGCUUUUGACCUCCAAGCUAUUGAACUGGUAAGAGAAGUUUCUGUCAGCAAUAAGCAUUCGAAAGCAGCUCUUUCUCUUGUUGAAAAGUUAAAGAAAGUUUUAAAAGAUGUCCCAGAAUCAGAGGAGUCCAACUUUUGGCAAGCAUGCAAAAAGUUAGAGAAGUCUGGUAGUGUCAAAGUGCCACUACACAAGCCUUUUCCUGCCGAAGACACGAACAUUAAAGUGAAGUCUUCAAGUCCAUUAUCUAUUUCUCCUGGUAUUCUGUCUUGCAGUGGAAAGCAUUUUUCAACUCCGAAUGGUUGGGUGUAUGAUCUGCUGGUUGAGAUGCCUCAGACACUAUUCACACCGAAAGAUUUUUUAAAUAAUCGCUAUUUUCAUAAGCGUCAAUACUAUCUAGCAUGUUUGGCUAAAGAGAUCGUCCAAAAAGUGGGCAGUGAUGUUGAGCUUAAGUACAUCGCUCUACAUGGGGAUGCGCGACGACCCAUUUUACAAAUAAAACCAGUAAAUGAAGAUUCGUCGGCACGUAGAAGAUUUUCAAUUCACAUAAUACCUUGUCUUGCUUCCUUUUUUCCGACAUCUAAGUUGCUGGCCCAUAAAAAUUGUUUAAGAAAUCUUUUGGCCGAGGAGGAAUCGUUUCCUACUCCGUUUUAUAAUGCUUCAGUUUUGGAGGAUCAAUCUAUGUUAUAUUAUCGAGAUUUGGUCAAAAAAUACAGUGUUAACCCUCAAUUUGUAGAGGCUUGCGGAUUGGGUAGUGUGUGGUUGAACAUGAGAGGCUUCUGCUCAAGCAUGCAUCAGUAUGGUUUUGGCCUUCAAGAAUGGUGCAUAAUGCUUGCUCUUCUUAUGAGUGCAUCCGGACUUCCCACAGGCAGCGUUUUGUCUGCGUACUUGAACGCUACUCAGCUGUUUAAGGGUGUUUUGCAAAUUCUUUCCUCGGAUAGUCUAUCAAAUUCAUUACACAAGGUAAAUUAUGACACAUCUCCUUUGACUAUUGUUGACCACUCUUCACCUACGUUUAUUGAUUGUUCUACCGCUCUAAACUUACUUUAUAAAAUGAACCAAACAUAUCUUGAUUACUUAAAGGCCUCAUCAUUGCAUUCAUUGAAACUUUUGAAUGAGAACGAAAUUGCCAAUUUCCCUAAGGUUUUUCUUACCCGAGUAAAUGUUCCUAUCCUUGAAUAUGAUCUUUCUGGUACCAUUCCUGUGCAAUUAAAAGCAAAUUUUGACAAUUACACCGAAUUGACGGAUUUGGAUUCCAAAUUUUCUUACUAUAUGUCACAGCUUUGGCAUAUAUUGCAACAGGGUUUAAAUGACCGAGUGAAUAGGCUUGUUUUAUUCCAGUCGGAGGUUAUUUCAUCCGGGGUAAAGGAUUCGUUAGAAAACAAUUAUCCAAGUAAAGUUUCAUUUGGAAUUUUGUUAAAUCCAGAAGUUUCUUUACGGUUGGUGGAUAUUGGUCCAUCUCUAGAAGACGCUGAAUCUACUACGAAGUUUCGCGAAUUCUGGGGAGAAAAGGCUGAACUAAGAAAGUUUAAGGAUGGUAGAAUUGCUGAAAGUGUAUAUUGGGAAUCUUCAACACCUAGUGAGCGUUCUCAAAUUCCUAUGCAGAUUCUGAAAUAUGUUUUGAAUCGUCACAUAUCAAACCAAUGCGGUGAUAUGGUGAAGUUCCAUAAUGAAGAGUUUCAACUCUUUAGUCAUGCUAAAUUGUCGCCAAAUGUUGAUACAUACAAUGAUUAUGUGCCGGUAACGGAAGCUUAUAAUGAAGCAGUUAAGACACUUCACAAUUUAUCCGAUAUCCCUCUUAGUAUAUCAGAAGUCCUCCCUGCAGAUGAAGCAUUAAGAUAUAGUUGUAGUCGUGUUCCUGGCUAUGACACCUUUGCGACUACACCUAUAAACAUCGUUUUCCAGUUUGAAUCCUCUUCUCGUUGGCCAGAUGAAUUAGAGGGCAUUCAAAGAGCAAAAAUUGCGUUUUUGCUAAAAUUGGCUGAAUUGAUGGAAGAAUCGGAAAAUGUUGAAAAGGCAGCUGUAGGACUCGAGAAUACGGAUUAUCCCGCUUUAAAUUGCUGUUUUCUACAAGUGUUAUAUGCUAAUGGAUUCACAUUUCGUUAUAGAAUUCGAAAUGAUAGAGAAGCCGCUUUGUGGAAAACACUUUUAAAAAAUCCUGUAACAAAACAGAAAGGACAAGAAGGUCUGUACAUAUAUGACCAUAUGUUUAAAUUCAUACCUCAACAUACCCUUGCUAUUCAGGCUAUUUGUCAAGAACACCGGAGUUAUUCUAUGGCCGUUCGCCUUGCCAAGCAUUGGUUUUAUAGUCAUCUGCUUACCAAUCACGUAAGCGACGAAGUGAUUGAACUUUUAAUAGGAAGUGUCUAUGUAAACUCCAACGCUUGGCAGGUUACUGCCAGUGGAGAAACAGCCUUGUGUAGAAUGUUGCAUUUCUUGGCCAACUGGGAUUGGCGUUUUGAACCGCUGGUAAUCGAUUUCCGUCAAAGAUUACCCAUAAACAUACAGUCACAAGCAACUGAGAAGCUAGAAAGUUUGCGAAAACAGGAUGUGUCCAUGAAUCGAAAUCCGUUUUAUAUCGUCGUGGAUUAUGAUUUAGAAAGCAAGCAUGUUGGGUGGAAAACACCAACUAAGAUGAUUGCCAAUCGGAUUACUGUAUUGGCUAGGGCAGCUGUAUCUGAAUUGAUGAAACCAGUUACAGAUUUCAAGUCUUUGUUCAGUAGCUCAAUGGACGCAUAUCAUUUUGUGAUCGAAUUACAUGCAGCUCAUAUCCCUACAUACCGUGAAAACGCAAAACUCAAGUAUAAGAACUUGAAGGCUUUGUCCACUGAGAGGCCUGGAUUCUCCCCAGUCAGCGCUUUUAUUGAAGAAAUAGAAAAUGCUUUCAAUGAUUCAAUCUAUUUGUUUUACAACAAAGAUGACCCGAAGACAAUUGGUGGUAUAUUUAAUCCCGCCAUUAUGAAUCCCCGUCAUUUUAAAAUUAAUAUAAACUAUCCAUUUAAGGUUGUUGAAGAGGAUUUAGUGGUUGUGGACACGGCCGCCGUGUGUCAACAAAUCCAGCAGGUCGGUGGUGAUUUGAUCAAGUCUCUUCGCUUGCAAAUUCAAUAG